GUUUUUCAACAUCCAAUGCAUUCUGGGAUGUAGCAUGAAACACAAUGGCGGCGAAACUCAAUCAUUUGCAACUUUUUGUGGUUUAUUAUUCGCUCAUAGCAAUAUUGCUACAAAUUAGUCUAACGUGUGCUACAGAGUUAACGUGGGACGACAAUGGCUACAUUUUAUAUUGUCCUUGCAUGGGUCGAUUUGGAAACCAAGCCGACCACUUUCUGGGUUCUUUGGCAUUCGCAAAAAUCCUGAAUCGCACACUGGCAGUUCCCCCCUUCAUAGUGUACCGGCACCACGCGCCACCAUACUCAAAUGUACAUGUCCCCUACAGUGAGUUCUUCCAGCUGGAAGCCCUGACCCACUACCACCGUGUGGUAAGCCUGGAGGAUUUCAUGGAGCAGCUUGCCCCAACACACUGGCCUAAGGGACAGAGGGCAGCCUACUGCUUUGAGUCAGCUGCCCAGAGGAGCGUGGACAAGAAGUCCUGCCCCAUGAAGGACGGGAAUCCUUUUGGUCCGUUUUGGGACCACGUAGGAGUGGAGUUUGACAGGUCUGUCCUGUUUGACGGCCUGUCCUUCAGUUCCUACCACCAACCUCAUUGGCUCAACAAGUUCCCUCCGUCAGAGCACCCUGUCCUGGCCCUGCCUGGUGCCCCGGCCCAGUUCCCUGUCAUAGAGGAAUAUGUGGGUCUACAGCGUUAUGUAGUUUGGACGGAGAGGAUGGUGCAGGAGGGACAGGAACACAUUGCUGCUCUGCUGCCCAGGCCAUACGUGGCCAUACAUCUGAGGAUCGGCUCUGAUUGGGUUAAUGCCUGUAAGCUGCUCCAGAGUGGGGAUACUGGGCCUCACUUCAUGGCCUCUCCUCAGUGUGUGGGUUAUAACCGGCACACCGCUCUGCCCCUCACCAUGACCAUGUGCCUCCCUGACCUGGCUGAGAUCCGCCGGGCCCUCAAGCUCUGGGUCAAGAAAACCUCUGCCCGUUCUGUUUACAUCGCCACAGACUCAGAGUCCCACCUCGCUGAGAUCCAAAAACUCUUCAAGGAUAAGGUGAAGGUGGUGAGCCUCAAGCCGGACUCUGCCCAGUUGGACCUGUACAUCCUAAGCCAAGCUGACCACUUCGUUGGGAAUUGUGUGUCCUCAUUCUCUGCUUUUGUCAAACGAGACCGGGAUGUCCAUUCCCUUCCGUCGUCUUUCUUCGGAAUGGACCAUGCUGGAAAAAUGUACAAGAAACAGGAGCUGUGAAGAUUUUCCGUUUCUGGGUCGUCCAUUCUGAAGAAAGAUGACAAAUGGCUUUUCAAUCUUGGGUGAGGACUUGGACAGUGCAUUGUGGGAAUGUGAUCUACUCCAUCCUCAUAUUACACAGUGGUGUAGUAAUACUUUUUUAGGUGGGGGGGGGCUCAGAUCGCCGUUCGCUGUGAAUAAAGUAACGCUUUCAAUGCAUGUUUCCUGCAAAAGGUAGGUAAAAAAAAUAAAAAAGUUGCGUAAA